CACCCGCCCCCGCGCUUUUCUCUCACCGCUCUCCUCCCGUUCCCACCACCACGGCCGCGUCAAGAUCCGAUCCACACACCCAUCCGACCCCGCUGCCUGCCGGUCUCACUCUCAUCCUCGUGAUCCCCCGACGACGACGACAAGGGACACAGCUCGGUUUCUUGCUUCCCCCCCCCCCCCCCCCCCCCACCAGUAAUGCCCGCUGCCCCCACCGGCCUCCCUCCCAACCACGAGUGCUGCUGCUGCUGCUCCUCCUCCUCUUGGUAUUACCGGCUCCCCCUCCUCCGCGGCGCGGUAGAAGUAGAAGCGGGGGCUGUCAAUAGGGGAGGGGAGUAGGCGGCGGCGGGGGGGGUGCGAGAACGCUGGCGACUGGGCGCUCACCCGCCUAAAGCCAAUCCACCCACCUAACCAGUUGGCGGGUCACGGAGAGGGGACAGGAGUAGUAGAAGAAGUAGGAGGCUCCUAGCUACCACCGCGCCUCACUCCCAAUCCUACUACUACUACUACUACCACCCACCGAGUGCGCGUCGCCGUGCUCCAGGGGAGGUGGCGGAUCUGCGGGUGCGUGACCUCCAUAUGGGAUCUCGAUGAGCUGGGGGGACUGUUCUUGAAGUGGUUCUUGGGAGCAUCUUGUUGCAGGUUCAAGGAAGUGUAGUAUCCUGUUGAAACUUGACGAUUCAAUUUGAAUCAAGUGAAAAGCUCUGCUUGUUGGCGUAUGUUAAACCAUAAAAAAAGAUGCCAACGAAAGGACAGUUUAGCAGAGAAAGGAAUGUAAAGGCCACAUUAGGUCGUGAUGGACGUCAAAGGGGAAAUUCACAAGAUCAAUCUGUACAAGUGCCAAAAGAGAAGAUUGCAGUAGUCGGUGGGAACAUUGAUGGAAAAUUUGAAGAUAGAAUCAGAGUUGUGAAAAAUGAGAAGUUUCGAAGGCAACGGGAACCUCGGAGUGCAGAUGCGGGUGGAUCCUUGAAAGGCUCAAAACCAUGGCCUGGUCGAAAGGCCACUACGGUUGAUGAGCUUGUCAAGCAUAUGUCAAAUGUUCCUUCAUAUUUGCAGCGUAAAGAGACAUCAGGCCAUCUUCAGGACAAGGCAUUGAAUGUUGGAGUUCUCGAGUGGGGCCUCCUAGCCAGGUGGUCUCACCAACAAAAGCAUGAGUUUUCUAGCAGCCAUGGUGCCUCUCCAUCUAAUACUAGUAGGUCCCUGAUAUUCUCUUCUCCAUCCCAGUCAUCUGCAAGUCCCAGCAGCAAAUCUCUUGAAAGCAAUCAAUCUCCUACACUCAAUGACCAUCAGCAUUGUUCUAUGGAGUUUCAGCAAAGUGAUCUUGAGGAUAAAUACCAUGGGAAGGCCAGAUAUUCACCUAGCCCAAAUUCUGCAGUGUUGAACUUGUUGCCUGUUCAUGGAAAACACUUUCCAGAGAACACUGGCAAAUACGGUGACUUGAAUCUCAGAAACAUAUCUCCACUCUCGGACCCUCUUCUUACUGCCACUGGGAGUUCCAUGCGACAUGAAAUGGUUGAUGAUGAGGAGACUACAAGGAAUAUAGAGGAGGCCGUCCAUCAUUGUUCGCGCAGGCUUUUUACAGAUGAUGAUAACAUUGGCCAAAGUUUCUUCACCUCACAUAACAAUGAUUCUGCAUGUGGUGAUUUUCAGCAGAGCAGUGGCGUGACUGGUGAGGUUUUUGAGACUCUAGUGUCUAGUGCGGUGAUGGAAAUGGAAAGAAAUGCCAGUUUGUCACCUGUUGGUUUCUCAAAAGAUAUUGGGCAACACCAUGAAUUUCCUCGAAUUCCAUACUCAUGUCCACUUCCUAUCAUGGAUUCAUCUGAAGAGCUUGGCACCAGCAGAACUGGGACUCAAGGUGAUUCUGUUGGUGCUGCUGUAACUAUAGGUGAAAAUCGCAACCAAAAGCAAAUUUCCAGGGGUGCCUCUGAGAGAACUCCUCGGAUCAGUGCAAAGUUCAGUGAUAUGGAUGCGUCACCACAUAGACAUCUUGUUUCUGGACUGAAUCGAGUGAACCGCUGUUCAAGCCUGAAGGAUGGACCAUGUCCUCGACAACCUGAAGCAAGCACCUCUGUGGAUAAGAUAAAUGGAGAUAAGUCAUCAGGCAACAAAGGCAGUAGACGCAGCCCAUUGAGGAGGAUGUUAGAUCCAAUAUUAAAGCCACGUCAGUCAUCCACUUCUGGUCCAAUUCAACCUUCAUUUGUUCCAAAGUGUCAUCUGCCUGGCCAUAUUGAUAAGCAAUCUCUGAGCUUGGGAGGAUCUGCUUUGCAGAAUGUUCAACGUAGGUCAGUUGAUUCAGUGGUAAAUUCAAAUUGCCGAACAGAAACUAAUACAAACCAGCCUCCUCAGGUCCUGAACAGUGAAAGGUACCUCCAGCAAGAUAUAGAUUCAACAACAACAAGGCAUGCGCUUCUGCAGCUAGCGUGGAAGAAUGGCCUGCCUUUUUUCAUGCUUUCUUGUGGUUCUGAUAUCCUGGUGGCUACCGUGAGAAGGAAGGGCAUCUCCGAUAACAAUGAUCUGGAGAGCACAUACACUCUGUUUGGUGUUGAAGAACCUAAGAAAAGAGGUGGGGCUUGGAUCAAGGCAGGUAAUAAGAACAAGAAAGAUCAGCUUGUUUAUAAUAUUGUUGGGGAAAUGAGGGUUUCACAUCGAAAAUCAAGAUGCUACCAGGCAGAAAAAAACCAUUUGCAUAGAGAAUUUGUUCUGGUUGGCUCAGAGCAGCUACCAUCUUCUGAAGAAUCAGGUGAUUCACAUGUUAGCAGAGAGUUUGCGGCUUUUAUUAGUGCGGUGUCUCAGCAAGAACCAGAAACUUCUCGUCACUCAUCCUCACAGCAUUCCAGCCGAAGCAUGUCAACACCAACCGACUGUUCUUGCCCAUUGGGAAAUUUCCAUCCUAAUACGAGGGAUGAUAGUUGUGCAUCAUCCAGUGUUCUUGCCGUACUUCCUAAUGGCUUCCAUGGUACAUCAACCUCAGGACAGCCACUACCUCUGAUUGAGAGGUGGAAAUCAGGAGGAGCGUGUGACUGUGGUGGGUGGGAUGAAGGCUGCAUGCUCAGUGUCCUCAGCGAUGACGCCCGAGAAAACAAAGGUGAUAAAUCCACUCAAGCAAACCAGACGACGGAUGGAAGUCAACGGUUUGACUUGUUUGUUCAGGGUCGAUCACGAGAAGACAAGCAUGCUUUCAGUAUGGUUUCAUUCAGAGAAGGGUUAUACACAGUUGAAUUCAGAUCAUCCAUUGCUUUACUUCAGGCUUUUGCUAUGUGUAUAGUGAUGCUUCACGGCAGGCGCCCUACCAGGACGCAAGCAGGUGUGCACGCAUCGCAAGAGCACGCAUCCCUCGCUGACCAUAAGCUCAACAAGAUCAUGGCAGCUAGUCAAGGUAGAGCUCAGGCAAGCUAUGUGCCACACCGGCCGCCGCUAUCUCCUGUAGGGCGAGCCUAGCUUCCUGUGAUAAAAAUGUAUGUUUUUCUUUGUUUCUUUUCGUUUUCUUCUGUAACUCGAGUUGCGUCGUGGAAUCUUAUGCCAUGAUCCAUAUGCGACUCACAUCGAAAUGUGAUGAAUCUUAUGGAAUCGGCUUUAGCGGGGUAGCUAACUGUACAUGUAAAAUGACUAGGUGUGUUGCUGCAAGGCUCAUCUCAGUGCUUAGCUACCCUUUUUAUAUGCAAGCAAAGCAGAUCCUCGCAAAGCUUCUGUCA